AUGACUCUAACCAUCAUACAACGUGGAUUUGACAAAGCGAAAGAGUAUGGUGACGAUAAAGUUCAACGGCAGAUAGAAACUUAUGAAUUGGUAUGUUUAUUUUUAGAUGUUAACAAAUUAAUAGAACUAUCCUACUCUGCUGUAUAUACCUUUCAUUUGGAUAAACAAAUUAGAAAAUUAGAUUCAGAAUUAGCAAGUUUUGAAGCUGAAAUUCAAGACAAUGCUUUCAGCACUACAAGAAAUAUAGAAGAAAGCUCACGAAAACGUAAGGGUUCCUGCAAUAUUGUACUCUGA